CGGACGAAAUGGGCUGUCCCCCUCCGCCUGCAUCUCUCCCACACUCAGCGGCACGCUAGUUAACGGCGCUGGCUAGCUAACGUUAGCAACUCUGCAAACGCUUCAUACAUUGUAAACUAAGUUGGCAAUCUGACUGGCACAACGGACAUUGUUCUCCAGGGGAAACUACGUGGUCAACAUUAAAAAGAAUCCAAAGCACCUGGAUCUGUUCUUCUCUGUCCCAGGUUUAGACUGCGCGGUCUAUGGCUCUGAUGGACAAACACAAACAGGUCAAGCGACAGAGACUUGACCGCAUUUGUGAGGGUAUCCGACCCCCCAUCCUCAACGGGCCAAUGCACCCGCGGCCCCUGGUUGCCCUGCUGGACGGGCGCGACUGCACUGUGGAGAUGCCCAUCCUCAAAGAUGUGGCCACAGUGGCCUUCUGCGAUGCCCAGUCCACCCAAGAGAUUCAUGAGAAGGUGCUAAACGAGGCAGUGGCUGCUCUGCUCUACCACACCAUUACUCUGUCCAGAGAUGACUUGGAAAAGUUUAAAGGCCUACGCAUAAUUGUCAGGAUUGGCUCCGGCUUCGACAACGUUGACAUCAAAGCGGCUGCUGAGCUCGGCAUUGCAGUCUGUAAUGUGCCAGCUACAUCUGUGGAGGAGACAGCCGACACUUCGCUAUGUCUGAUCCUGAACCUGUACAGGCGAGUCACCUGGAUGCACCAGGCCCUCCGGGAGGGAACCCGCGCCUCGAGUGUGGAGCAGAUCAGGGAGGUAGCUGGCGGCGCUGCUCGUAUCCGCGGAGAGACGCUGGGCAUUAUCGGUCUAGGGCGUGUUGGCCAAGCCGUGGCUCUGCGGGCUAAGGCCUUUGGUUUUGGCGUGAUCUUUUAUGACCCCUACCUGCCUGACGGUGUGGAGCGUUCACUGGGCCUGCAGCGCAUGGCCACCCUGCAGGACCUGCUGAUCCACUCGGACUGCGUGUCCCUGCACUGCAGCCUCAACGAGCACAACCACCACCUCAUUAAUGACUUCACCAUCAAACAGAUGCGUCAGGGAGCCUUCCUGGUGAACACAUCAAGAGGCGGUCUGGUUGACGAGAAAGCACUGGCUCAGGCUCUGAAAGAGGGUCGGAUACGAGGGGCUGCCCUGGACGUGCAUGAGACGGAACCUUUCAGUUUUUCAACGGGCCCUUUGAAGGAUGCCCCAAACCUGAUCUGUACCCCGCACACAUCCUGGUACAGCGAGCAGGCCUCUGUGGAGGCUCGGGAGGAGGCCGCCAGGGAGGUCCGCCGCGCCAUCACCGGACGAAUCCCUGACAGUCUGAAGAACUGCGUGAAUAAGGAGUACCUGAUGGCCGCCUCUCAGUGGCCCAGCAUGGAGGCCGCCACUGUUCACCCAGAACUCAACGGAGCCACUUACAGAUUUCCUCCAGGUCUGAUCAAUGUUGCAGCAGCAGGGGGUCUCGCAGGAGCGGGAGCAGUGGUCGAAAGCCUUGUUACAGGAACCCUGGCGCACGGCCUCACCCCUGUCUCCCACCCCCCCCACGCCCCCUCCCCCAAUAAGGCCGAAGCAGACAGAGACAUCCCGUCCGACCAAUAGCCCCCCCUGCCGUCGCCAGCACAUUCCGUCACCUCUGGAAACCAACCCCCCUCCCCCCUCCCAACCUCCACCACCGCCCCGCAGCAUCAGACACAGCCCCACCCUGCAGAACAUCGGCAGCGCCAGUUUGACCUGAUGUAGAUCUACAGUCUUUUUCUUCAGAUCACUAAACCAGCCCCUGGAGUGACCAGCCACAGCUAGCCCCUUACCCAUCCAGAAGAACACACACUUCCCUCCAUCCUCAUCUCACCCACUCACCUGCCACCAACCCCCCCGUCCCUCCCCUUCACUCCCCCACAACGUCAGCAAUAACUGUAUUCUCAAGGAUUCAAUGAUUGGAUUGGUUUAUAUCCUUAGUUGGCUGUUGUUUUAAUGGAAAGUUGACCUGUUGUGGUUCUAGGUGUUAAUGUUUGUUUGUUUGUUAAAAAAAAGAAGCAUUUCUGACAUGAGGCUUUACAGUCUGUCUGUCCUCCAACCAGUAGAGGUUCAGAGGCAGAGAGGUGGAAGCCCCCUUUUGUACAUUAAUGGCUCAUGUUACUGCUCUCUCCUUCCUAUCUUCUUUUUUCCCUUCUCCCCCUACAUCUUUCUUGUGACGGGGAAAAUGUGUACUUAAGUAAACCAGACAGAAUCACAAACCGUACAUCCUGUCCUCCCUUCUAGACGUUCAGCUGCCCCUCAGCCCAGUUUGGCCCUUAGCUCUCCCUGGCACCGCCAUGCGCUCGCUCGGCAGAAAGAUCCACAUUGUUGUCAGUGUAGCUCUCUGAGCGUCAGUUCAUCUGCUCGGCUCAAACUUCAGAUGGUGACACCCAGCAUCCUUUGUCACCCUUUACUUCGGAGACCCUCUCCUUUUUUUAGCAACCGUGAAUUUACACAUUCUUCGCCCCUAAUGGAUUGUUUUGUCAUGAGAUGAUAGCGUCACAUCGGCUAGCAUGAUGCAUGAAUUUAAAUGUCAUGCCAGCAGCUUUAGUGUGAGUUCAGUGCCCACACAGAAUGAAACGCAGCAGCCUUUUUCUGGCCUGAAUAGCAACAGCAUGACAGAGGCCUCUCCAGCAGGGGGCGCUGUCUGAGCGCUCAGCUAGAAGAGUUGCACACUGCUAACUUCAGUCAGUCACAGGCUGGCUGCAGUGAGGAGCAACAUGAUCACACACACUGCCAACGUGCAGAACACAGAACGGGUGACCAGGGAUCCUCCACCGCCUUAUUGUUUUAAUAAGAUCUCACUGCAACGUACCAUCACCGCCCUGCACCCACCUACCCUCCACUCGCCCCCCCCCCCCCCCCCAUCAUGACAUACCCACACAUCUGCUCAUCACCCAGUAAGCGUGAGGGGACAGUAGAGUUUAGUUUCCUGUAGGAGCAACGGGCCAGUGUUCUUGCAUGCUGGCUUUGUUAAUGACAGUGGUGUGUGUGUGUGUGUGUUUGGACAUGCGUGUGGGCUUGUAUGUGUGAUGUAUGUUCCCUCACCCUGUUAUGAUAACAAGCUAUUGUCUUUCCAAAGGAAUAGUCCCUAGGAGUAACUCUUUAACGCUGUUGCCCUGCUGUCAAGGGAACACCUUUCUAGUACCUCAGUAACAGAUAUUGAAUGUACCGUGCAUACCCUUUUAUUUUUUGUACAGAUUUUCUAGAUACUUAUUUACUAUUCUUUACCAGAAGGGUUGUGAAAUUGUAGCAGUAAUGAUACAAAAAAAAAAAAUGCCCCAUGAAACAAAUUGACAAAGUCCUUUUUAGGUUAGCUCUAGGUCACUGAAUACUCAGGCUUCAAAACCAAUGCGUAUCUCUUUGCCUUUACCUUUUUCUCAUCGUGGAAAAUUCAGCACAACGCUUUCCCAUCAUUAAGCUUCAGACUGUAGUUGGGUGUUUCGACCUCCAUCUUUCUGGCUAUGGAAAAAGAAGGAAAAAACAAAAGGCGGUCGCCGUGGUCUGCUAGUUUUUUAAAACUAGAACAGUAGUAAUAGAUGCCGUUUUGUUUGACCCCCCCUUCAUUGUCAGGCUGCUCUAUCUAUAGUGCAUGUGAGGUCAUUUUUAGGGGAAUUAAUAUUGGCUUAAAGAAUUUGUGUCAUCUUGCUGUUUCCCUCUGCUCCCCGGCCUUUCCCCCUCAGAGUGUUUUCAACCCGAGUUGCCAUUUUUGUCGUGGUCAGUUUCCAGUGAUGUACAGUUUCCCCUCAGAGUCUAUGAGAGACAUGGAGCAUGUCUGUGUCCUGAGAUGCUAGGCUCCUCUGUCAUGUCAUGAGUAUAUAUUUUUAAAAAUAACCCCCAUAGUUCGGAUUAUGAGCAUAAUAGUAAUCUUAAACUUUUGCUGUUGAUGAUUAUAUAUAUAUUUUUCAGUUCAGCAGUGCACUGUUAUGAAAACCAUUCUGUGUUAUUGUAGGAUUUCAUUUUUAUGGAUAUACUGUCUGUGUUCUACAUGUUGUACUGAAACAUUUGGAGAAGAAACAUGAUAUCCCUUUCCUGGUCAAAUGUUGUUUCCUUCUUACCCCAACUGUCCUUUCCAGCUGAUAUCCUCUGGGCCUUACUUUUUCUCUCCCUGUAAAAAUAGCUGUUAUAGAAAGACGCCAUGGAACCACUCACUGCCUUAAUACAGUUGACCACAGCAGGUGAAGUCAGGAGACGCAUCCAGCAGCAAAGAACGGGCCGCUAUCGAGGCCGCUCCGCUAAAAGCUCCUCACACCCAGGCAGGCCUCAAUCUGCAGCAUCUCUUUUUCCACUGAUGAACCACAUUUAGCCUCGUUUUGGGGCUCAAAAACAUAUAUUUAGUGUGAAUUCGUACUUUGCAUUAUUAAGAUGUUAUAUAUUUUUUGCUGUCUGAAUAGUCAGCCUGGCAGUGUGUAUGUGCGUUGGCUAACAGAUAAGCACAGUGUGUAUGCUCACAAAGCCACAGCUGAUAUUUCACUCUUGGGUGUGAGAAUUCCCCCGACCACCACCCUGGGGCUCUUAAAGCAUCUUUCACAGUGCUGCCAGAGCCCCAGUGCGGCUGGGAGGGGGAGGGCAACGCGGACACUGGGGUGGUCUGUCAAUAAAAAUAAAAAAAAAAGCAGAAAAUUACAAUGAGAAUCGGUCACUUUUUCUCUCUCAGGGUUCAAAUGCACACAUAUCCUCCAGCAGUCGCUCUCCGUCUCCUGUCCCUUGUCCCAAGUUUUUCCUCUCGGAAUGUAGAACAGCCUCCUGCGUUUUUAGAAAACCGCCCCCCCCCAAUCGUUCCCCUUUGUGCACAGGUCUGAACUUUGUUUCUGUUUUGCUUUCUUUUGGCACUGACAUCUAACCAUCUAACAAGGAAUGAAUGAAUGAAUGUUUGAAAGUGACUGUGUGUAAUGUUAAAAUUGGGAAAUGUAUUUUUACAACAUGUGAACAUUUUUUCCACUCACUCUCAUUGUGAAUUGAUUUGUUUUUCUUUCACCAGACUGCAAAAACAACAAAAAAACUAAAACAAAAAAAAAAUCUCCUGUAACUAGGCUCUUAAGCUUUAUUUUUGUUUUGUUUACUUUUUUAUUAGAAACAAUCAUGUUUGUGAUGGUAACUUCCGAUGGUAAACUCCACACCGUAUUUUAAUAAAAUCUUAAGAAUUAAA